AUAAUCAUGAAAUUUCUAAUCGGUACUUUUCCGGAAGUAAUUAUAGAGACUUUCUAAUUUCGGCGUUUGUUGUCGCCCCGCAGGUACGCCGACGACGUUCUGAUAUCGAUGAAAUUUACUACGGAUGACAUCGGGUGGCGAAAACCGUCCUACUUUGUCGCGGACCGACAGUCUCAUCUGGAGAGCCGUAAGAAGUAUAUAAACGACCUGAUCGAGGAGAAACUGGCAGUCGCGGUAGCGGCGCAAGAGGAUUUAGGAAGUGUUUCGACGAUUGUUGAAGAAAAUCAAGAAGAUUCGGAAACCGACGUACCGCGUAGACCGUCUAAAUUAUCUCCUCGCGAAACGGAAGCGGAAAUCGAUCCAAACAUCGCGUUUCCCCUGCGUACAGAAAGCCCCGAAGAAACCGCGGCAAGAAUUGCCCGUGAAAAGCUCAACGCAGCCGUCCUCCUAAUCCAGAGUCACGAUCGUGCGAGAAAAUCAAGGAUUAUCGGAGCCCAAUUAAAACGUAUUAACGAAUAUAAGAAAAAACUUGCCAGCGGUGAAACGAAGCCUGCAUCGAAUCGGGACAAACGUACAAAACUGAAGGCGGUGAUCACCAUUCAAAAGUGGUGGCGAAGCUACGCGACCCGCCUACACUUAAAGGACCGGAUGUGCCGACUGGAAUCGUUGCUGGGGAUGUCCAUUCCAAGCUGGAAGUCCCACGAGACUUUUGACACCGAUGCGGAAAAUUUUCAACUCAAGCAACUUCGACAGCCCGAAUACGCAGCCGCAACGGCGAAAGCAAUUUCGGAGGAAAACGUUAGGGUGCAUCAAAUUCGAGGACCGGGUUUAAUGGAAGACAUAACCGACGAGAUCAGGGAGUGGUUUCUUCUGUGGUACAACGAGUUGGGUUUAUUUGACGCGUUUCCUUUAGCGCAAGCCGGUGGAAGCGUCCUGAUAGCAACUGGUCAGACUCGUACGCCAGAAGAAUUCCAUCACGAUCAGGUACAAAAGUCGGAGGAAGCCAAGAAGUCGAAGGGACAGAAUAACAAGGGAAAGCAAGAAUCUAAAGAAAAGAGAAAACGGAAGGACGACAAAUCCCCGGAACCAAAAACAAUUCAGUGUCUCAGGGAAGCAAAUACCGAAUUCAUCGCUAAUUGGAGCUUACGGGAUGAUUCCGAGAAUCCUCGUCAAAAAGUGUACCUCGAUCUUAUCACCGACAAACUCUGCUGCGAACUACAACUGGAGAUGAGAGAAAUUGUGGACGAACUGAUGCGUCUUGAACUAGCGACUCUCGAAACCGCCUUAGCCAAGGACGAAGCCGAGGAGAAAAAGGGCAAAAAAGGUAAGAAGAAAAAGAAAAAGAAGAAAGGUAGAAGCAAGGAAGGUUCCAAAAAGAAAAAGAAAAAGGAGUCGAUAACGAAUGCAUCGAUCGAUGAUAUCUUUACCGAGCUAGUGACCACAGGGGUAAUUCACGGCUACCCCGAAACCAGAUUGAUCGAUUGGAUCGGUGAUGUGUCCUACCAGAACGCAGAAGCACGAAAAGAAUCUAGGGCUGUGAAACAUUGCCUCGGGGACGUGGUACAGCCGAUCAUGGAAUACUGCGUGCUUCCUAUCGGUUCCAGAGAAAUUCAUCGUAUCGCUCCCUUGGUUCGUUCGGUUUCGAUAGUCGGUUUACCCCGUUCCGGGAAAACUUUUUUGGUAAACGCGAUCUGCAGCGAGAUCGGCGCCCUUCUAUUUGACCUGACUCCGAAAUCAUUGGGAGAAAAUUAUCAGGGUAAAAAGGAUCUAGAGAAACUUGUUAACAACAUCAACAAGGUGGCUCGCGCCUACCCACCGGCCAUCCUCUUCGUUGACGCUGGUCAUCAACCAUGGUGGAAAAAAGUCCCUCAAGAGGAAAAGUCCAACAAUCCUAAACGCCUCGCUAAACCACUCACCAAAUUGGUAAAGGGUAUCAAAGCCGGGGACCAGAUCCUAUUUCUUACGACCUCCGACGAGCCUUACAAAGCUGGAAGACCGUUCGUGAAGAUUCACGACAAGUUUAUCCUUUUACCACUCCCGGACUACAACACGUUGUAUCUCCUUUACAAGAAAUUGCUUAUGCAGUACCACGGGGUGGACCGUAAUUUCGACUGUUCGAGCCUCGCCAGUCUCUCGGUUGGUCUUUCGGUAGAAACAAUUCGGGAGGCGGUUGCCAACGUGCUUUCGAUCGCUCGAAGAAUAACGCUGAAGAAGCGUCCGUUGGAGCCACGCGAAAUAAUGGAGUACCUGAUCUCUAACCGGGCCGAGGUCGGGCAUAAGGAAUACGAGAAGCUCCUCAAAUGGGAGAAGAAGACGCCUCUCGGAAAACGACGAUCGAAAAUGGAAGCGAAGGAGAGGCAAGCAACCGCUGCGGCCCGCGUUGCUACCGGCAAAAAUGCGGGAAAGAAACUGCAGCAGCUGAAACCCAAGUAGAUAAGUAGACUCGGAAAAAGUUGAGCUCGAUUCCACAAGUUAUACCUGCAGACACACGUGACGGCACAGCAAGACCUUGACGGUCUCACGCGCAGAUUUCUUUCGCGAAUAUUUUCCGUCGACCCUCGUAAUUGCGAUUUGUUAUAAACUGUAUAUAUACCUAUACACCUAUUGUAUACGUGUGUGGUGUUUUUUUUUUUUUCUUUUUACAUUUUCGAAUACUCGUCGCAGACAUCGUCAACGGGCGCGUUCAUCGGUGCAGCGCCGGUGUAACGCGACGUGUGUGAACGGCUAUUUUAUGAAUGUAUUUUAAGUAUAUAGGUAGGUAUGUGCAUACAUAAAGUUAGGCACCUACGCACGUUGCACCUACGCGUGGUUCACCUACGCGGAGCCAAGCUGGGAAUUUUUUAACACGAAACUAUCAUGGAGGACCUGUUGUCGCGAGGAGUGAAACGAAGACGUUCUCAACGAAACAUAUACAAUUACAAACAAAUGAAUGAUUGAUUGGAUAAAAUUAAUAAUUUCAUAUUAUAGCCAUGAGUUGAGUAGGAGCGGCACA